AUGGCCACCGGCCAGCCUCCGCCAGUUGAGGUUGGCCAGACGCAGGGACCAUUAGAGGAAGUAAAAAUAUCAUAUGCAAACACUCUGGUAGCACCAAAAAAACCACAUCAUAGUUUGCAGAUUAAGCCUUUAACAUAUUUGCAUAGGGAACCAAAGCUAGUUUGGGAAGAGGAAGAAGUACAACAUAUGAUUAUUAACGAGGAUCUCCAAUAUGCAGUGAUUGGAAAAUUUUCUUAUGGAUGGCCUGAUAUCCUAGAUUUGAGGAAGUUAAUCCCAAAACAAUGUGAGCUAAAAGGGGAAGUGAACAUAGGGCUUCUGUGUAACAGAUAUUGGGACCCUUUGUUUGAUCCAGAGGAGGAGACGACCACCGCGAUAGCCUGGAUAUCUUUCCCAUCAUUGCCACUGAACUUUUUCGGUAAGGAGACAAUAAUUUCAAUGGCAGCAGCAGUUGGAAGACCAUUACAGGUAGACCUGAUAGAGGAGAAAGAACAGAAGCAAGAUAACAAAGAAAAUAAGGGGGAAAGAGGUAUUCAAGCUGAUGGAAAAUGUGCUAAUGGUAAAAAGCAGGAACAAGGUGACAGAGUGCAGGAGGAUAAAGAAAGGAACACAAAUUUCAGGGAACAAAAGAGGAGGUAUGGUUACGAAAAUGGGUAUCAGAUUCAGAAUAGAAUGACAACACAAGUAUGGAAUGUAAGAACUUCACAAGUUAAUUCAGAGGUGACUACAAAGAAUAAAUUUGGGGCAUUAGAAGGGGAAGAUGAUAAGCAAGAUACUUUUACACACCAAGCAGAUGAGGGUAAUAAAAGUUUACCAGCACAGCAGAAAGCAGUAACACAGCAGGAGGGAAAUAGAAGAGAAAGUGUGAUAUGGUCCUCUAAUUUUCACAUAAAAGAGAACAAGAUGGGAUUGGAGCAAAUUGAUAGCUUAGAAAAUCCUAUUGAAAAAGAUACAGGCUCCAAUGGGACACAACUGGAGGCAAACAAGGCAAUGAUUGAUAAGGAAAGGGAAAGAGGGAAGAUAAAUGCACUGGAAUUGCAGAAGGAAGAUGAUUUGAGACUACUGGAUCUAAAUAGAAAACAUCACUACUCAUACAUUGCUCUCUUAGAGCCUUUUCAGAGUCCUUCAGAAAUAAAUAGAUACAGGAGAAGACUUGGGAAACAACAUGCCAAAGUUAAUUGUUCUUCCAAAAUAUGGUUGUUUUGGGAUGAAGAGUGGGAAGAGCUGGAUUGUAUUGACUCAGUGCAGCAGAUUAUUGUCUCUUUCAAACAUAGAAAUAAUAAUGCUCAAGUCAAGAUUACAGCAGUUUAUGCUAGAUGUAGUGCCCUGGAGAGAAUGGAACUGUGGGAAGACCUAGAAGAGGUGGCUUGCAACACAGAUUGCCCUUGGAUGGUAGGGGGAGAUUUCACUACUAUUAUUGAUGAGUCUGAAAAGUUGGGAGGAUUACCUGUCUCACAAGUAGAAUUAGAGGACUUUGUACAAUGCAUAAGCUCUUGUGAAUUAAAUGAGAUAAAAUUCUCUGGAAGUUGUUACACCUGGUGGAAUGGCAGAAUAGAGCAAGAUUGUAUAUUUAAAAGACUGGACAGAGUCUUUGGGAAUAAUGCAUUUAUGGCUGAAUUGCAGAAUACAAAAGUCCAACAUUUGAUUAGGGAGGGUUCAGAUCAUGCCCCACUACAUGUUACUUGCAGUACAGGCCAGGAGCAAAAAUAUAAGCCUUUUAGAUUUCUCAACUUCUGGACAAAACAUCAUAGUUUUCAGAAAAUAGUGGAGGAUGUAUGGAAGAUGGAAGCAACAGGCUCACCAUUCCCAGUAGUGCAAACCAAAAUGAAAAGGGUGAAAUUGGCUUUGGUGCAAUGGAGUAGGACAACCUUUGGAAAUAUUUUUCAACAGGUAGCUACAUUGGAGGAUUUAAUAGGGGCCAAAGAGGUUCAGUUAGAAAUAAAUGCAUCAGAAGAAAAUAGGACAACAUUGAAGAAAUCUGAGGCAGACCUAAAGAAAUACCUGCACAUUGAGGAAGAGUAUUGGAAGCAAAAAGCAGGCAUGAGAUGGUUUAAAGAUGGUGAUAGAAACACUAAGUUUUUUCAUGGUUUUGUGAAUGGGAGAAGGAGAAAGAUGCAGAUAUCUGUGAUAAAAACCAGGCAAGGAGAUACAAUAACCACCACUCAAAAUAUUGGGGAAGAGGCAGUGAAUGUGUUCAAGGAACAAUUUAAGGAGACAUAUGUGCCUACAGAUUUUUCAAUGCUAGAACAUAUACCUAAAAUGAUAUCAGAAGAACAGAAUGAAGAAAUGGGAAGAUUACCAGCUGAAGAAGAGAUCAAAGAAGUGGUAUUUACAUUAAAUGGUGAUAAUGCAAGUGGACCAGAUGGCUUCUCUAGACAAUUUUUUCAAAGUUGUUGGGAUACUGUGAAAGGGGAUAUAGUCAACAUGGUAAGAGCCUUUUUUUGUGGUCAGGAGCUUCCUAAGUUUAUAACUCACACCAAUUUGGUUCUUAUUCCUAAAAAGGAGGUGGUGGAUAGUUUUGGUGAUUUGAGACCAAUAAGCCUANGUAUUUGCAUUAAAUGGUGA